CGGCACAACCUCUCAGCGGCCUUUAAAAUAACAACACGAUGAAGAAAGUCUCUCUGGCCACCACUUGUUGUGCUGUUUCUCCUCUCUAACAGAGGUCAUCAUCUCAGCAGAAGAAUUAUGCUUACAUUGACAGCACUUAGUAUAAUGAAAGUUAUGUAAGUGGCAGAAAUACUUCAGAAAUAGUGUAAGCAAUGUUGACCACAUUGUCAUCAAUACAUUGUAAAUAUCUGCACUUGUAUCAUGCAACCACAUCAUUAUUCUGACAUUUACAUCCACACUCAGUGUCUGCUGGAUAUAAGUGUCUGCUGGAUAUAAGUUCAAUUACAGAAAUAAUGCUGUUCUUAUAUUAAUGUAGUAUUGUACGUGCACCGUCAACAUCUAUCACACACUAAAAUUUAUUACCAUUAUAAAGCUUCAUAGCUUUUUAUAUAAAUAUUUUAUUAGUUGCUUUAUUGUGAGACCGAAGUAUUGAGUCUUUAUAAAGUGUUAAUUUAUUCUCUACAAAUAUUUAACAAUAUAACUUUCAAAAAUCUGUUAACUUUGUAACCACUACAGUAGUUAUUAACAUAUUCAGUUUCCUGUGUUAUUUUAUGUAGCUAAUGUUGCUGAAUUUAAUACUCACAACUACAUAGGAAUUUUAUUUCUUGGCUCUGGCUAUGAUUUUAUAAUACAUCUGUAUUACUUUAUUACCAUUAUUGACUGUGACCAAGAUAUUACAUCAUCUGUAUUAUUUUAUUGCCAUUGCUGACUGUAAUACAUCUGUAUUACUGUCUAUUUCAGGUAUUUAAUCUUCACACAGUCCCUCCAUUUUACUGUAGUCUGAUAGAUACCUUCAUGAACUUAUUAAAGACUAGAAAAGUGUUUUUUUUUUAUUCUGAAUAUAUUUCAGUAUAGUCUUUUACUGUCAUUUUAUUAAUAUGUUUGCCUGUCUCUUAUGUAUUUUAUUUUUAAAUGUGUACACUCAUGUUGAUGUUGUGUGUUGUUGUUAAUCAUAAUUGAAACUAUUAUUUGAGCCAAUAUUCUGUUGAUUAUUUGGUGUUUAUACUAGAAAGUUGAAAAAUCACAAAUCUAAUUUAGAAAUAAUUUCAUUGAAUUAUUUAUAGACAUGUGCCACUACAUUAUCCUUGACCAGAUGUGAUUUGAACUUGCAUCAAGUGUAUGCACACAAGUAGUUUUUAUGCUCUCACGCUCAAUAUAUGUUAGGAAAUAAUUUUAAAGAUUAGAUAAACUACCUUAUUAUAUGGCAAACAAGACACUCCAUUGUUAAGGAUGCCCCAUCCCCAAUUUUGACUGGAUAAAUUUUGGAAAAAAGGUCAGAGUAUCCAUGGUAAAAAUGCACUAAAUUUUCGUAAAACAGCGCCAGUAUACAGAUGACUAUUGUAGAUCUGCUGAAUCCCAAUCCUGAGCUUAUAAGGUUCUUUCAUCCAGAACUGUCAGCAAAAUGUUCUUUGAAGAGUUAACUUAAAUGAUCAUCAACUCAUAUUCAGCAGUGAACAAAGCUGUAUUUCCCUCUGUUCUUACAGCACUGCUUAGUGUUUCAAAUUAAUAAGUUUUUUUAGUUACAGGUACACAUAAAUACAUUUACACAAAUUAUCAUACAUAGUAACAUGUGUAAGUUACAUAGAUAACCCCAAAAAGCUAAACAAGUGGCUUAUUUUAUUUGGGGUCCUUAAUUUCCAUUGGGGUCCUUGAUUUUCAUUGGUGCCCAUGAUUUCCAUGGAGUCCAUGAUAUCCAUUGAGUAUUUUUCUUAUCUAUUGUUUGUCUUUGUAUCCUGAAUGGCUGUUUAGUUUUCUUGUGCUUGGCAGUAUUUUUGUGUUUUGAACUGUCACUCAGCUUAGCUGCAUUUGAACAUUUGAACAUUUGAAUAUUUUCAAGACACUACCACUCCUAUGAGCUGUGUUUAAUACAUGAUUUGGACCUGACUGGAUGUGUUCUCUUUCUACUCACUGAGUCAGUGUCUCGAUACAUGCAAGUAGAUGUAUCAGUGGCUGGGACUUCUUAUUGAUUUGUGAUGGUUUUUUCCUGUUUUUUAAAAAUAGUUCAUGUUUAUGUCUUUAUGUUUAUUCAUUUUACUAUUUAAGUGUGCAUUUAUUCUGCAACAUGACCAAAACAAACCUACAGUGUGCAAUUGGGGGCUUUUGUGUAUACUACUGUAUGAAGCCCUUUUAACAUACCACAAUUUUAUUCUUGCUUUUUAUGUUUGGUAAUGUUCCCUCAGUAUCAGGAUCGUUUGAGGUGAGUAAAAAUAUUACCAGUUGGUUUGAUGGUAAACAGGCACAUUAGCCUACUGAUACUACCAUAGUCCAACUGACUUCAUCACCUGGUAUAACUUAGCCUACCACUGCUAAGCACCAUCAGAUUUUUAUGAUUAAUGAUUAUUUUCAUUAUUCUAUACAAAAUAGUUUACUUGAUUCAUAAUUGGAUCAUAAACAGGAGCUUAGAUUACUGUCUAGUAUCAAAAUACAUCUCUAGGCAUAGGUUGAGGCCUAUGACCAACUUAACCUUUGGCCUCCAAGAUGCUGGGUAAUUUUUCUAGACUUUUUCCGGGAAAAAAUAGUAUCUUCGAUGCCGUAAAAUACAGUAUAUAUAUAUACAUAUUUAAUUUGCUUUGAUUUUAUUUUUACUCAUAGAAAACGUGUUCCUAAAUGUAAAAUAGAAACAAUAAUGAGAUAAGUUGUCAAUGUGUCUCCAUGAUCUUUCUCACAAAUAUUCUUUAGUUUAAAAUUUCAAAAUACACAUCAUACAGUUUUAUGUCAUUAUUGGCAGUGUCACACAGAUCUACACUUUAAGGAAAGUGCCUUUACAUAGGCUAUAUAGGCUGUUCGUGGUAAAUUUUAGCCUAAACCGGAAUAUCUGUACAGUGAGUUUGUGCAAUAAAAAAAAAAACUUGUCCUAUGCAGUGUAUGAUGGAGGAAAGUAAACCUCUGACUCUGUUUGGUUUAUAAGAGCAACUUUGUUGUGAAUUUCUAGGGUUGUUUUAAUGGUUUUAUUGGUUGUUUCUUGUGUUAAUCAAUAGACUGGAAGACUUACUAGUGAAACAGAUGAUUUUGGUUGGUUUGAAAUAGGGCUCAAAGUGGCAAAAAUAUUUUAUUUUUGGCAAUUUUCUUAAGGAACAUUAAAACCCUCUCUAGCUUCUCCCAUCCCAGCCCCCCCUGUCUGUUUUAUAGAUUUUCACAAGGUCUCCUUCAGUUAUUGAGAUGGCCUAAAGUGUAUCUAGUCAUUUCUGGUUAUAUUUUCCAAUGAAAAAAAUAAGAUGGAAUAUAGGAGAAGGGUAGAGACAUAAUUAAUGAACUGAGGCAAGGAUUAUUUAGUGGCUGGAAUUCUUAAAGUAAUCUUCUCCAUCAUCACUACCUGUUUUCUUCUUUUAUUAUUGUUCAUUAACCAUCAUCAAUAGUCUGUACUCAAAUAUUAUCACAGUACUCUAUUAUUGUUUAUUCUCAUCAUUAUUUCUCUCUCCUCAUCCUCCAGUAAAACUCUUCUACCUAGCAUUAUCACUGCAUUACCCUCAGUAUUCUUAUAUAUGUAUAUGUUGUAGAGGCAGUCUUUAUUGACCUGGAGAAGGUCUAUGAUACAUACUUUGCUGUGUUAGGACUGCAGGGUUGUCACUUCUGGUUUCUCCCACAAUUUCUGUCUAACAGAUUGAGCUGCUUGUGAAAGCUACCAGGAGUAUAUUUUGGAUUGUUUUUAAAUUAUAAUUUGUUGAAUGUGUAAAAUUAGUCCUCUGCUCAAUCAAUAGAAUAAAAGGUAUUCUACUGGCUAGGAACUGGGUCAGAUUAAGCAGUGAGAGGCUAAAAUAGGGUGUAAAAUAGGCAAAGUUGCUGAUGAAUAAAUUGUCCCUUAAAAAUUCCCUAAGUUUUCAUCAAAUUUUGAAUUUGUGGUGUCAUAACCAUCGGAAAAAGAUACCUUACAAUUUGAAAAAUUUAUUCUGUCAGUACUUCUAAUUUUGAGGGUCACAACAGUGAAGGAGUUGAGUGCCUAAAAGACUUUUCCAACAAAAAAUAAGAUGCAGUACACGAGUGUUCCUUCAAGGAAACAAACACAUCAGUGUUCAGAAUGUCUAAAAGACUUUAAAUGGAGAUCACAUCUAAUACAGCACAUGAGAGUUCACACAAAAGAAAAACCAUAUCAGUGUUCAGAAUGUCUAAAAGACUUUUCACAGAGAUCAACCUUAAUACAACACAUGAGAGUUCAUACACAAGAAAAACCACAUCAGUGUUCAGAAUGUCUAAAAGACUUUUCAUAUAGAUCAGCCUUAAUACAGCACAUGAGAGUUCAUACAAAAGAAAAGCCAUAUCAAUGUUCAGAAUGUCUGAAAGACUUUUCAGUGAGAUCAAAUCUAAUAACACACAUGAGAGUUCAUACACAAGAGAAACCAUAUCAGUGUUCAGAAUGUCUAAAAGGCUUUUCACGGAGAUCACAUUUAAUAAUACACAUGAGAGUUCAUUCACAAGAAAAACCAUAUAAAUGUUCAGAGUGUUUAAAAAACUUUACACAGAGAUCAACCCUAAUACAACACAUGAGAGUUCAUACAAAAGAAAAUCCAUAUCAGUGUUCAGAAUGUCUAAAGGACUUUAAACAAAGAUCAACCUUCGUACGACAUAUGAGAGUUCAUAAACAAGAAAAUGCAUAUCAGUGUUCAGAAUGUCUAAAAGACUUUUCACAGAGAUCAACCUUAACACAACACAUGAUAGAUCAUGCACAAAAUAAGCCGCAUCAGUGUUCUGAGUGUCUAAAACACUUUUCACUGAAAUCAACUCUAACACAACACAUGAGAGUUCAUGCACAGGAACACCAUAUCAGUGUUCAGAAUGACAAACAAGAGAAUUCCUAAUAAGGAGGGUUACCUUUAUGCUGGUAAUGAGCUCUUAAUCCAAGGAAUUAGAGUUCCCCCUCACCUUCCUUGGAUUAAGUGUUGUUAUCGUCUAUCCCUCGCAUAUUCUAGGUGCACAUGACUAAUACUGUUUUAACACUUGCUGUUGAAUAAUAAUAAUUAUGAGGGAAACUAAUAUAUUUUUUAUUUUUACUUUCAUUAUUAUUGUAUUUUUUGGAUCAAAGUACAAUAACUCACAUUUUCUAGGCACUGUUUGACCCUUACAGGUUUAGCAUGUCAUCAAAAAUGAAAUAAUUAUUUUGGCUUCUUGGUUUAAUGUUAUCGCUUUCACCUGGAAGGUAAUAUAUUCUCCACAGACCAUUUUAUGAAUCUUUACAGGAACUUAAAAUGUUAUUGUCAGUGUCUUUGUAUGUUAAGGUGACAUGUUCCACCCAUUCAUGUUAUUAAAUGAUUUUGCCUCAUCUGACAUGCUUACGUUUCUUGUAUGUACUUAAUUUCGCCUCAUCUGACAUGCUUACAUUUCUCGUAUGUACUUAAUUUAAUAUAGAAGUCUUAUAAAUUA